AUAUAUACAAGGGUCCUUUAAUAACCCGGAAGUCUAGCUCUCACAUGUUGUGUACAUGCACCGGUUGCUAAGCACAGUUAUCGAGUUGUGCACUAUUAUAGCAAAUACAUUUGAUGUCAUUUGAUUCUUGAGGAAAUAAUUAAAAGAUGAAAGUGGUCGCGUUAAUCAGUGGGGGCAAAGACAGCUGCUACAAUAUGAUGCAGUGUGUUGCUGCUGGGCACCGGAUCGUAGCACUGGCCAACCUUCGCCCUGCUAACACAGAUGAGUUGGACAGCUACAUGUACCAGACAGUGGGCCAUCAGGCCAUAGAGCUGUAUGCUGAAGCCAUGGAUCUGCCCCUGUAUAGACGGAUCAUCCAGGGCUCUAGCCUGGAUACCGGCAGAAACUACUGUAAAACAGAGGGUGAUGAGGUGGAGGACCUGUAUGAAUUGCUGCAUCUCGUCAAGGAAAGGGAGGGUGUCGAGGCAGUGUCUGUAGGGGCCAUUCUCUCCGAUUACCAGAGGGUCCGCGUGGAAAAUGUAUGUUUGCGGCUAGGUUUGCAGCCCUUGGCCUACCUGUGGCGCCAAAACCAAGAGUCCCUGCUCUCUGAGAUGAUAUCAUCUGACCUCCAUGCUAUCCUUAUCAAAGUUGCCGCUUUUGGCCUGGAUCCAGAGAAGCACUUAGGAAAACCUCUGGCUGACAUGGAGCCCUAUCUGAAACAGCUUUCCCAGAAGUAUGGAGUUCAUAUUUGUGGAGAAGGAGGUGAAUAUGAAACAUUCACACUUGAUUGCCCUCUCUUCAAAAAGAAGAUAGUCGUCGAUGCAGCAGAGACAGUGAUCCACUCAGCAGAUGCCUUCGCUCCAGUUGGCUACCUGCGCUUCACCGAGAUACACACCGAGAACAAAGACGAUGUGGUGGCGAGAGCUUUGCCCCAUGGUAGUUGUCCUUGCCAGAGCGCCAUUGACAAGAUGACUGAGGAGGUGGAAUAUGCUGAUAAAGCCGAAGACAACCAACAAGAAUUUACAUCAAAUUGUGACCUUAGUUGUCAGCGGGGCCAUGAUCUCCCUCCAACCUGCUCACCAAGAAGCUCAAGAGGCUAUCAGUGGAUCUCUGGCAUCAAUGGCCUUCAGAGCCAAGAAUGUGGGAUCCAGGACCAGACGCGAGCAGCUUUCACACAGUUGAAAAGUGAGUUGGACAGCAGGGGCUGGAAGAUGAAGGACAUUGUCCUGGUCCACUUGUAUGUGAGGUGCAUGGAAGACUUUGUUUUACUCAACACAGUCUAUAAGGAACACUUUGGCAUGAAUCCUCCUGCCAGGGUGUGUGUCCAGGCUCCUCUGCCUGCUGGCCAGCUGCUGCAGAUGGAUUGCCUGCUCCACGACUGGACCGAGCCCCUAGAGGAGGGCUGCUUCCACCAGAGGGAUGCCCUGCAUGUCCAGAGUCUGUCCCACUGGGCCCCAGCCAACAUUGGGCCUUACAGCCAGGCUCUCAGGGUCGAUGAGUUGGUUUUCUGUGCAGGCCAAAUUGCUUUGGUCCCCUGUACCAUGCAGCUGGUAAAUGCUGGCACCAGGACGCAGGCCCAUUUGUCGUUCAGCUAUGUGAAAAAGGUUCUGGAGGCGGUGAUUGGCAGCCUGACUCUAACACACGUUAUUCAGGCCCACUGUUACACCACAAGGCACCAAGACAUCCCCAUCAUCAGGGCCGUCUGGGACAGCAUGCUGAUGGCCCCAGAGGAUGAGAAGGACUUGUGGGAGCCCAAGAGCAAACCUGCACCAUUACUGGUCGUGGUGGUACCUGCCUUACCCAAAGGUGCGGCUGUUGAGCUCCAUGUCACUGCAAUUCGGGAUGACUCUACCAAAAGGACUUCCUGUCACAUGACUACAAAGGUGGCAGGUGGAUCCAUAGAGUGCCACACUGUCAUGUCUGCUGACGAGUGUAGCGCUUCACUUUCACUUUCCCUGGUUGUGUCCAGGGAUAACCUGGAGGUCACCAGUCUGAAGGAAGUUACAGAAGCAGUUGGUGCUACACUCAAAAAAGCCAUGAAGAAGAUGAAUGAUGAGCUGGUGCCACUGUGUGCCAGGGUGUUCUACAAGUGCACCCACUCAAUGGCUCAGCAGAUUGUUCAAGGACUUGAAGAAAGUUUAAGAAGUUCUCUGGGAGAAUCCAGUCCGUCUGUGGCCCUGGUUCCAGUCCUGGACUUGCCUGACGGCCAGAUCCUCCACCUGUCCUGCUGGCUCAGCUUAUAGAAACACAGCCAGAGUCAACAACCAGACUCCAGUCAUCCACAGCACUGGAAUUCAGUGGGGAUUUUCUGGAGGCGUGACUCUUAAUAGCUCCAGCACCUAAUGACUUACAACAGGACAUCAGCGAAUGUGUAAAAGAAAAACUGCUUAACUGCUCAAGAAUUUUGACUGUUCAUCACUGCUGAUUGUGGAAAUACAAAGCUGUGUCUGUCUCCGAGUGCUCUGGAUGACGUGUGGUUUUGAGGAUGUGUUUAUUCCACUUCUUAUCCGAGAACUUAAGCCAAUAAUUCACUUUGUCCUCCACUGGUGUUACCACAGCAGCUGUUGUUCUGCCUUGAGAUGAGUCCUGUGGAACUUCUGUAAGCUAAAGCUGCAUACCAGAAGACAGGAGACCAUAGUCUACAAAAAGAGACACCAGCAGUGUCUCAUCCCAUGAGGCAAUAGACUGUAUCCCCUGAUAUCCCACUGUUUCUGGUGGAAUUUCUCUUAGCACGCUAACUAACACCCCUCGUAAAGGCCUAGCGCCACUGCUGACACCAUCUGUUCAGUUGUAAACCUAUAGAUUUACUGUGUGACUGGUUUGUGGCUGUGUGUAAUGUGUGCGGCUGAGGUGACUGUGUUUCUCCCUCUCAUGCUCCAUGGGAUUCAAGGUGUGUUAUUAUUGUGUAAUAGGCAAUCAGUGCAGAGCUCCUGAAAAGAUUAAGCCUCUUUAUGCUUUCUAUUGAUUCUAAGGCAACCUGGUUAAUAGGAGAGGGACGCUACAACACACAGCUGCAGGGCAGGUGUGUGUUCUGUCUGUGUGUGUGUGUUGGGAGUGUCUGUGGACACAGUGUGUGACGAUGUGGGAAGAAAAUAACACUAUUAACCAUUGCUCCUGGAACAUUUCUUUUCUCAAAGAUCAUGAACCGUAUUGAUGAUCUGAGUUGGAAUGCAUCUUCACUCCGGCUAUUCUCUUCAUCGCACUUCUUGUGAUGGCGGGAGAGCAGAGUAGGCUAUUGAUCUUCACCCACUGCGAUGUUGUUUUGAUUGUUGUUAUCAAAAAUUGAACAAUAGAGGCAGCCAAUAGAGCCUGAAGAUUUUUUAUUGAGUGUUGAAAAACACAAACAAGCAAUUAUUUAUGAGAGCAAGCAAGCCCCAUAAACUUACAGUGUGUGUUAACGUUCACCUGCUUGAUUUCCCUACAAGGAGAGACUGAGGAUUUUUGAAUGACACAACUGUCCAGAAAGUGUGUGUGUGUGUGGUUUUUUUAAUAAAGUUUCAACUUUCAUUGUAUUUCACCUCAGUCAAAUAAAUAGACAUAAAUUUCAUCCACAAAUAUAUAAUUAUACCAUUAUCCAUAAAUUUUGCUUUUAAAUGGAUUGGCAGAUUUAGCAAUAGCACAGAUGUAAAAUGUUUGUAGUGUUUUCUUUGUUGGAAUUUUUUUUUUUUAAUCUCUGAAUGUGUCUGAUUUCAUUCAAACUGAAGACUGAAAAUGGAGUAAUGACACAUGUCUUCCAAUGGAAAUGUACUAGAUUUAAGUAUAUUAUUAAAAUUCCCCAUUUACAAGACAUUUCUUUGUUGUGUUUUGAAUUCAUGUGUUUUUUUUCCCCUUUCCCUUUGUGGAACAACCAUUAAAUGACAAAGAGUUCAUAUGUAACAAGAGUCAGCAUUUCAGUAAACACAGAGGAGAUUUGCCACUAAAAUUCAAUGCACGACAAGCACUUGUCUAUCACCACUGUAAACAUAACAUUCUGUCUUUCAGCUGGCAUGUUUUUAUACAGACACAGGCAAAGCCACAAGUACACCAUCACACCCUCACCAUAGCCAAUGUGAUGGCCUAUGGCAGACAGACUUCUUUGCGACUUUACCAACGUGUUUCUACACAAAAUGAAUAAAGACAGGGUGACAUUUAGUUCUCA